CCAUUUUACGGUUGGAUUUGAGACAGCCUUGGUGCUAUGUGAUCGAAAACGAAACAGAAACGAUGGCUUUGCUGUGCGGUUUAAACGCGGCUCGCUUAAUUGUUGUCAACAAAUAUUCUGUAUAGCUCAGUAUUACUACUUGUGCGCUUGAUUUUAGAAGUAGGUCUAUCGCCUGUUCCAAAAAGAAUACACGCGGUCCUGUUUGUUGCAGUAGGCCAUGGCAGAAACUCCGUUUGAGGACCUCAUCACAGAUGUCACAAUCCUUGUUGAUGAAACUGACUACACGGACAAAAGUCAGCUAAAGGAGAUUCUCCGAGAUUCUCAUUCAUCAACUGGUACAACACGUUCCUCUUACAAAAUAAGUGGCUCUGAUCAGGAAAUAGAAGAGCUUUUCAUGAAGCUAUGCACCCUGGGGCGUCCCAUCAAGGCAGUUGUGGCCGCACCUGUCAUGGAAUACAUCAAGAAAAGGCAUUCUGCGGAACUAAAUAAAAUGAAAGGAAGCCACGUCCUCACAGAGGAACUCCUCAGCGCGGAAACAGAUAGCAUAACUAUGAUCUUUAAACCCUUCAACAGUCGUGUUAGGGAAUCUCGCGUGCGUCUGGUCAGAGAGCGAUUUGUCACAUUCUACCAAAGAAUUGCCUCAAACCUGCAUGUGACGAAUGUGGACAUCAAACAAGACCAGUGCAGAGACUUGCAGAUACAAUUUCCAGAGCUUGUUAUCUAUCCCCAACCGUUUGGGGCCACAGUAAGAGGAUCUUAUGCUAACAUUGUGUCGUUGCAGGAUUUCAUUCAACAGAAAUCCUCAGGCUUGAGAGAUAGGCAGGCAAGGAGGGCGCUUGAAACACCAAUGCAUUUCACCAACAACCAUGUCCAUAGCUCUUCUUCUGCUAGCUGUGAGCAGUUAGAUGAAGAGGAAACAUGUGUCAUUUGUAUGGAGGUCAUCCGCAAGGCAGUGAAAAAGACUCUGAACUGCAAACACUCAUUUUGCAGGGGCUGCUUGAAAAAGGCUUUUGUUUACAAACCUGUUUGCCCUACAUGUGGAGCCCUCUAUGGCACUCUAAAGGGAACACAACCUGAAGGAGGUGAAAUGAGUUGCAGUAAUCAAACAUCUUCUUUGCCUGGUUAUGAGAAGUUUGGGACUAUCACUGUGCGUUACAAUAUUCCAAGUGGAAUUCAGAAGGAGGACCACCCUAACCCAGGACAGACCUACGAAGGAGCGUCGCGCGUAGCUUACCUGCCUGACUCAUCCGAAGGACAGAAAGUUAAGGAGUUACUCCAACGAGCUUUCAAGCUAAGGCUCAUUUUCACUGUGGGACAAUCCUCCACCAGCGGCAGAGACAACGUGGUGACGUGGAACGACAUUCACCACAAAACCUCCAUCAGCGGAGGACCCACUUGCUAUGGUUACCCAGAUCCUGAUUAUCUCAAGCGUGUUCAAGAGGAACUGAAACUGAAAGGAGUUGAAUAAUGAGUCUAACAGACGGCCAGCAACUUACAGAACAAAGCUUUAUGCAAGUUAAAAUUUAAUGAACAUAAACAAGUACAUAAGCUACUAUUUUCAUAACUGUAAUUGUAAAAUGCCAAAAUAAAUUAAUUUGCAAAACAAGGGAAACUUCAUAAAAACUUAAUUGUAAAAUUGCCUUGUUGCUUCGGCAAUAUUUACAUUAUAUACAAUGUGUAUUUUCAUCCUUUUACCAUUACUCCAUAUUUGUAAGGCACCAAAUGCUAACACAGCAUAAUUGUAUGUACUUGUGCACAAUAAAAAGUAAAAGGUACUGCUUGACAAUGUAGAAUGCUAGCAACAGUCAUAAAAUGAAUGCAAAAAAAGCCUGUACAUUAAGGACUGCUUAGUUUGUUUUUUGCUAUUUCAAGGGGUUACAUUUUUUGAUAGUGUAAAUGGUGAAUGCUUUAUGUAUUAAUUGGAAAUAAUUUUUUCAUUCACCGUAUUGAAAUAAAGAUGUUAAAAUUCUA